GUCCCUUUAGAUGGAAUAUAAUACUGCUGAAGCCGUUUCAUCAAAAGGAUUAAUGCCUGCAUUAUCAUUUCUGCAAUAAAACAGAAAGCUAAGAGGGGGAGGCCACAGACACCUCAAACCUGGAUUCCACAAUUCCACAUUAAGUGCUGGAGUUUUGACUACCCUGCUGUAGGUACGCCUUUGCCAAUGCUUACAAGGAACUGCCUAUCCCUGCUUCUCUGGGUCCUGUUUGAUGGAGGUCUCCUAACACCACUUCCACCACAGCUACAGCAAACUUUAGCCACAGAGCCAAGAGAGAAUGUUAUCCACCUGCCAGGGCGGCAGCUGCAUUUCCAACGAGUUAAACGUGGCUGGGUAUGGAAUCAGUUCUUUGUGCUGGAAGAAUACAUGGGCUCCGAACCUCAGUACGUGGGAAAGCUCCAUUCUGACUUAGAUAAGGGAGAGGGCACUGUUAAAUACACCCUCUCUGGAGAUGGCGCUGGCACCGUUUUCACCAUUGAUGAAACUACAGGGGACAUUCAUGCAAUAAGGAGCCUGGAUAGAGAAGAAAAACCUUUCUACACGCUUCGUGCUCAGGCUGUGGACAUAGAAACCAGGAAGCCCCUGGAGCCUGAAUCAGAAUUCAUCAUCAAAGUGCAGGAUAUUAAUGAUAAUGAGCCAAAGUUUUUGGAUGGACCAUAUGUUGCUAGUGUCCCAGAAAUGUCUCCUGUGGGUGCAUAUGUGCUCCAGGUCAAGGCCACGGAUGCAGAUGACCCAACCUAUGGAAACAGUGCUCGAGUCGUUUACAGCAUUCUUCAGGGACAACCUUAUUUCUCUAUUGAUCCCAAGACAGGUGUUAUUAGAACAGCUUUGCCAAACAUGGACAGGGAGGUCAAAGAACAAUACCAAGUCCUCAUCCAAGCCAAGGACAUGGGCGGACAACUGGGAGGGCUAGCCGGAACGACCAUAGUCAACAUCACCCUCACCGAUGUCAAUGACAAUCCACCUCGAUUCCCCAAAAGCAUCUUCCAUCUGAAAGUUCCUGAAUCUUCUCCUAUUGGCUCAGCUAUUGGAAGAAUAAGAGCUGUGGAUCCUGACUUUGGACAAAAUGCAGAAAUUGAAUACAAUAUUGUCCCAGGAGAUGGGGGAAAUUUGUUUGACAUCGUCACAGAUGAGGAUACACAAGAAGGAAUCAUCAAAUUAAAAAAGCCAUUGGAUUUUGAAACAAAGAAGGCGUAUACUUUUAAAGUGGAAGCCUCCAACCUUCACCUUGACCACCGGUUUCACUCUGCGGGCCCCUUCAAAGACACGGCCACCGUGAAGAUCAGCGUGCUGGACGUGGAGGAGCCGCCGGUCUUCAGCAAGCCGCUCUACACCAUGGAGGUGUAUGAAGACACCCCCGUUGGCACCAUCAUUGGCGCCGUCACUGCACAAGACCUCGAUGUGGGCAGCAGUGCUGUUAGGUACUUCAUAGACUGGAAGAGUGAUGGGGACAGCUACUUUACAAUCGAUGGAACCGAAGGAACCAUCGCCACUAAUGAAUUGCUAGAUAGAGAAAGCACGGCACAGUAUAAUUUCUCCAUAAUUGCGCGUAAAGUUAGUAACACAUUAUUAACCAGCAAAGUCAGCAUAUUGAUUAAUGUCUUAGAUGUCAACGAAUUUCCACCAGAAAUAGCUGUGCCAUAUGAAACAUCUGUGUGUGAAAAUGCCAAACCAGGACAGAUCAUUCAGUUAGUCAGCGCUGCUGACCGAGAUCUUUCCCCCGCUGGGCAGCAAUUCUCCUUUAGAGUAUCACCUGAAGCUGCCAUCAAACCAAAUUUUACAGUCCGUGACUUCAGAAACAACACAGCUGGAAUUGAAGCCAGAAGAAAUGGAUACAGCCGGAGGCAACAAGAGCUGUAUUUCCUCCCUGUUGUGAUAGAAGACAGCAGCUAUCCUGUCCAGAGCAGCACUAGCACAAUGACUAUUCGAGUUUGUAGAUGUGACUCUGAUGGUACCAUCCUGUCUUGUAAUGUGGAAGCAAUUUUUCUACCUGUAGGACUUAGCACUGGGGCUUUGAUUGCAAUCCUGCUGUGCAUUGUUAUACUCUUAGUCAUAGUGGUGCUGUAUGUCGCUCUGCGAAGGCAGAAGAAGAAAGACACCCUGAUGACCUCUAAAGAAGACAUCAGAGACAACGUUAUCCAUUAUGACGACGAAGGAGGCGGGGAGGAGGACACCCAGGCUUUCGACAUUGGUGCUCUGAGAAACCCAAAAGUGAUUGAAGAUAACAAAAUCCGCAGGGACAUAAAGCCAGACUCCCUCUGUUUACCUCGGCAGAGACCGGCAGUGGAAGAUAACACAGACAUAAGGGAUUUCAUUCAUCAAAGGCUGCAGGAAAAUGAUGUGGACCCAACCGCCCCGCCAUAUGAUUCGUUGGCAACAUAUGCCUACGAGGGAAACGGAUCAGUCGCAGACUCCCUCAGCUCCAUAGACUCUCUCACCUCGGAAGCUGACCAGGACUAUGACUAUCUGACAGACUGGGGCCCCCGCUUUAAAGUCUUGGCAGACAUGUUUGGCGAAGAAGAGAGUUAUAAUCCUGAUAAAGUCACUUAGGGGAGAAGCAAAGACUAUAUCAACAGGAGAAAUUUAAGAAAAAAAAAAAGAAAUCACACACACACACACACAGACACACACACACACACACCCCACAGCUUUAUAGGACAAGAUGUCUUUGAGUAUCUGGUUUCUAGCAAGUUGCUAUAUUUAUCAUAUUGUCAGUUUUGGUUUAUUCUGCCAACACAAGAUAAAUCCUAUUAUAUGUACUUGCUUGGUUUGGUUUUGUUGUUUUGGAAACACACUGAGACAAGCUCAGGCCUAUUAAACACAAUUUACUGACAUGACAACCUAGAAUGAAGAUAGCUAGGUGGCAUCACGGUGGAAGAGUGUUAGAUUUUUCUUAAUUCCACUAAAGUGCCUAUUGAAACUCUUAUCAUUUAAAGUGGUGUACAGUACACUCCGCUGUGAUGACAUCGCAGGACUCAGAGACACAGAGGACAUAAAACAAAGACAGCGUCUUCAUAUGCCAAGGAGCAAUAGCAACAUGCUGACUUCUAAUUCCUUUUGAGAAAAAAAAGCAUACUUUCCGAACUCCAUCUUCUUAGAAUUAAAAAAUUUUUAAAACUGUAUGCCGAAACACAUUUGUUUUCCUCACCCUUUCAGAAAAUUGAAAUAUAUGUGAUGUUAAAUUCAAUAUGUAAGUUCUGAAUUUUAAAAGCAAUGUUUGAUCUUACCAUUACUUCAUAUUAAGCUAUUCAUUAAAAUGUUACUUUUUAUCAAAACAAUAAACUUUUAAGAAAUGAAAUUUUAAAAAAUCCCUCUUUAUAAAGAGAGGCCUCAGGGCUAAAACUCCACAUUAAAAUAAACAUUGGUUUUGUUUUAAUACUG